AUGUCAGAUUCCAACACAACCGAUUUCACCAACCCCUCCACCUUCAUCCUGCUGGGUAUUCCUGGCCUGGAGGUGGCCCACGUCUGGAUCUCCAUCCCCUUCUGCACCAUGUACGUCAUAGCCAUCCUGGGGAACUUCACCAUCCUGUUCAUUGUGAAGAUGGAGUCGAGCCUACAUGGCCCCAUGUACUAUUUCCUCUGCUUGCUGGCUGUCACCGACCUGGUCGUGUCUACGUCCAUCCUGCCCAAAAUGCUGAGCAUCUUCUGGUUCAGUGCUAGGGAGAUCAGUUUCAGUGCCUGCCUCACCCAGCUGUAUGUCUUUCACUCCUUCUCAGUGAUAGAGUCAGGAAUCUUCGUGGCCAUGGCUUUUGAUCGCUAUGUGGCCAUUUGUGAUCCCCUGAGACAUGCAACCACACUGACAAACCCUGUGGUGGCUAAGAUCAGCCUGGCCGUGGUGCUGCGUGGCAGCAUGCUCAUAUUACCCUACCCCUUCCUGUUGAAGCGGUGGCCAUAUUGCAGAACCAACAUCAUCCCUCAGCCAUACUGUGCCCACAUGGCCGUAUUGAAGCUGGCCUGUGCCGACAUCCGCAUCAGCAGUUACUAUGGCCUCUUUGUACUAUUCUGUGUGAUGGGUCUAGAUGUCAUUUUUAUUAUUUUGUCCUAUACUCAGAUCCUCAGGGCCAUCUUCUCCCUCCCCACAAAGGAUGCUCGUCUCAAGACUUUGGGCACCUGUAGCUCCCACCUAUGUUCCAUCUUAGUGUUUUACAUCCCAGGUCUAUUCUUCUCUCUCUCUUACCGGUUUCAACAGAAUGUGCCCCUUCAUUUCCAUGUUCUCAUUGUCAAUGUGUACUACCUGAUGCCCUCCAUGCUGAAUCCCAUCAUCUACGGGGUGAGGACCAAACAGAUCCGGGGCAGGGUGCUCCGGCUCUUUACUCUUAAAGGGACUUAA